CUUGGUUCCGCAGAGAACUCCGUUCCCACUACGGAGUAUGCUUCUGGCCUCACUGAACUAGCACUGAAGAUGAUUCACCAGGGGGUCCCUCAGGUGCGCGCGAGGCAGUACUUGAUACUCCGUUUAAAGGUGGACGGCAAACUCUCAAAAGCAUGAGAGUCAUAGUCUAUACCGGCUCCAAUUCAAUAUGACAGGCUUCGAGCAGCCCUAUCCGAUAUAUAUUCUUGGCCUUGGGAGUAUUGGAUCAUUCAUUGCGCACACUCUUCGAUGCCUUUCUGCACCACCCCCUGUCAAUCUCCUCCUACACCGCGAAAGUUUGUGUCAAGAUUUUGAAUACAGAGAUCGGAAAAUAAAGCUUCAAGUUGGCGAAGGUGGUGUGCAAGAGAAAAGCUCGGGAUUCGAAGUGGAACGAAUAGAUGGGGAUUGGUGCUCAACUUCGAACGACCAGAUAUGCUGUCUGAUCGUGACAGUCAAGGCAUCAGGAACUCUAUCUGCCCUUGAACCGAUUAAGCAUCGACUGGGACCUCAUUCAACUAUAUGUCUUUUCCAAAAUGGCCUCGGCCAGGUUGAAACCCUGAACGAGAAGCUGUUCCCCGAUCCGCUCACAAGACCAACAUAUGUACUUGGGAUUAUGCGCCACGGUGCGUAUCUGAGGUCACCAUUUGAAGCUGUACUUUCUGGUACCGAUGGUUCAGCUGUAGUUGGGGUAGUGGAUUGCGAGAACCGCAACGAAGCAGCGCCGGGAACUAGGUUUAUUUUAGAUACCCUUCUGCGAUCUGCUGCACUUCAAUGCGCAGAGCUAGGUUGGACGGAUCUACUGAAAGCCCAACUGCUGAAAUUGGCGGCUAAUUGUGUGAUUAACCCAUUAACGGCAUUACUUGAUGUACGCAACGGCGAGAUUACGGAGAACAAAAUGCUUAUACCCACAUGGCAUCGUCUUCUGGAAGAGAUCUCGGCUGUCUUCAACCAUCUGCCGGAACUUCAACACCUCCCUGCAGAGCAGAGACAAUUUAGUUUCUGUUCACUAAAGAGUGCUCUGGUAAAUACCGUUUUGAAGACAGCCAGCAAUUCCAGCAGUAUGCGCGAGGAUGUUCGGAAGGGCAGAGGAACUGAGAUCCAGUUUAUUAAUGGUUGGGUCGUCAGACGUGGCGCCGAACUGGGCAUUAAUUGCCCUACAAAUGCAUUUCUGGCAGAACUCAUACUUGCGAAGAGCAACUAGGUGGAAAAUAACUGCCUAAGCUUGAGGUCGAAAGAUGGCCAAGUGUGGACUAGGAAUUCAUUAAGGUGUAU